AUGGACAAUGAAAUAACCUUGAAGAAAGCCUAUAUAAGAUACAUACGUGGUGGCAUCUCUAAUACAGGAAGGCGUGACGUCGAUGACAUCGAAGUCAACUCGGAAUAUCCCCUCGUGUCCUUCAUUACCAUGAUCGCACCCUCGCCUGAUUGGUUCGUUGGUGUGCACGACUAUAAUUUAUGCAACACAACAACAGGAAAAUGGUUAGACUCGAGAACAAGAGAUUUGCCACCCUAUGAUGCAGGCACUGACAGUGGACCUCGCUUUGGAAGUCCAAAUCAAAUAACAAAUCCAAAAGAAGAUAUUCAUCUGCUUACAAACAACACAGAAGGAUCGUUCAAAGGCGAUAAACCAGUAAGGAGAUUUGGAACUUUUACUUUUGUGAAGACCUAUGAUUACAAACCAAUUAUCAAGCCAUCUUCAACAAUACAACGAAGCCAACCAAGUUCUAGUGUGAACAUUAAGUCUAUUAUAAUUGGUCCCAAAGCCGGCAAAGGGAGCUCAACACCACUUUCCACCAUACAACAGAUCCAACCAAGUGCUAGUGUGAAUGCAGAACGUUCUACUAUCAUACUUGAUCCCAAAGGGAGCUCAACACUACUUUCCACCAUGCAACAGAUCCAACCAAGUGCUAGUGUGAAUGCCGAAAGUUCUACUAUCAUACUUGAUCCCAAAGGGAGCUCAACACCACUUUCCACCAUACAACAGAUCCAACCAAGUGCUAGUGUGAAUGCCGAAAGUUCUACUAUCAUACUUGAUCCCAAAGGGAGCUCAACACCACUUUCCACCAUACAGCAACGGCAACCAAGUGUUAGUGUGAAUGCAGAAAGUUCUACUAUCAUACUUGAUCUCAAAGGGAGCUCAACACCACUUUCCACCAUGCAAGAGAUCCAACCAAGUGCUAGCGUGAAUGCAGAAAGUUCUACUAUGAUACUUGAUCCCAAAGGGAGCUCAACACCACUUUCCACCAUACAGCAACGGCAACCCAGUGUUAGUGUGAAUGCCGAAAGGUCUACUAUGAUCAUUGAUCGAAAAGAAAGCUCUACACAACAAGUAGAGUUGAAAAUUACCCCUAGUACAAAACCCAACGUUCCAACUCAAACCCUGGCCCCUACAGCAACAAUCACAGUUUCAGCAAGCAUCAAGAUGACACCAACACUCACCACAACCAGUGCGGCAGGCUCUGUUAAACAAUUUGCUUUUAUCCACGUCAUCUUUGCUACGAUCCUUGUACAUUUCUGUUUGUAA